UUAUAUUACUAAGUCAAAUUGUCAUGUUCGUAGGUUUUGACCUUUCCAUAAUUGAGAAUUACAGUCGAAAAUCAUUAGAUUUGAAUAAUUUUGUUGAUGAUUAAGGACGAUUUUAAUAAUUUACUGCAAUUAUAAAUUGCAGCAUUCGGAAAUUGCAACAUUCAUGUUUCAAACGGAGAACAGUCAUGAACAAAGAGAUGUUCGUUUGUUACUGGGCCUUAUUUAUCAUUAGUUCGGCAUACUUUGGUUACGCCGUUGGUAAUGUUGUGAUGAGGCGAGAUGACAUCGAUAUCUAUGAAGAAAAACGUGAUGACUUUGAAUACAUAAAUGCUACAUACGAGUACAUAAACGAUACAUACAUUGAGGACGAUUGUCCUGGCUUGAAUGCCUGUUUCUUUGCACCACCGAAUUCAACUGACCAAGAAGGAAAUAUGUACCUUGGAGAAAAUUUCUUCACCGAUUAUUGCAAGUAUGUCCAGGAACUCGUUGAUUGUGUGGAGGAGUUGGAUAGUUUUAAAGUCACAGAAUGUGUUGAUCAAACAAGAUUCAUCUCAAUGUACAAGUCGAAAGAAACAAGUCUUUGCAUUAAUCCUAUAUACCCACUCUUAAAGAACUUGCGACAGUGUAUGAACAGACUGAACAAGAAGCUUGGUAACUAUACUGAGAUAUUGCAUACCCUAAUGGGUCCCCCUGGACAGGAUUUCACAGCAAAUAAUAAAAAUGUGUCUAAAGAGUCUUUCUGUGGAACGUACGAUGAAAUUUUGGACGAAACAAUCGAUGCAUUUAAAAGAUGUCCUUCAAACAGUAUUCAAUGGUCAGAAGAGAAUACCAGCAUCCUUCGUAAGAACUACUACCCGGUUAUCCUAGGGAGGAAAAUACCAUUCCAGUGCAGUGAUCCAAAAAGAAGGUUGACAGGAGAUCGGAUAAUAUCAACAUCAUUCGAAAAAAUUAAAAUCCAGUUGUAUUUUGGAGGAAAACACAAUUCCACUGCAGUGAUCCAGGUUUUUGACAAAGCAUAAGAAAUCUGGAGCAAUUUUUAAUUAACUUUUAACUAACAAAAUCUAUGUUCAAUACUACAUUAUUUUACCUCUAUUCAUUGUCUUGCCAUCAAUUUUCACUCAAAACAGACAGACGUGUUACAAAAAUGUUUUCACAUGUACAGAUGAAAUUUUCCAAUUACUGCAAAUCUCUGAAAUAUAUAACUUAUCACUGAACAGACGUUAUUGUAAAUAAGCAUUAAUCACUAUAAUCAUGUUUUGAUUUCCUGA